GCCAAGCCAUGCGUUCCCCGUCGCUGCUGCCGCUGCUCGCGCUCGCCGCCGCCGUCGCCGGCUCCGCCAUCCCCAUGUGGGAGUACCUCAACAGGGGCGAAAAGAUGAACCUGUUGUACAAUAUGCUGACGAUGAAAGUGAAAGAGUACUGCGAAACAACAAAAAUGCCAGACUGCAACACCAAAAUGCUCAUCCAUGGCUACAAGAAUUUAGCUAAAAUGGAAGACUCCAGUUUAAACAGGAUGGACCCAUACCAACGUGGAGCUUCGGAUCUCAUUUGGGGCACAAUGAUGAAGGGCGGAGUUGACAGCCCCGGCGAAACGGCUUCGCAUCCAGCAAACUACCACUCAGAGCACAACGAAAGUGAUGAUGGAAACAUAGGUUCCCAAGGAGCUGCCUCAACUAACGUUCAUCAGUAUCUGCCCACUGAAUCACAGGGAUACCUCAUGGGUCCAAUGGUCAUGAAACUGCUGCCUGAUGGGAAUCCAGUUCCAGGUGAGCAGCAGUUUCCCAUAGUGAGGGAUGAAGAUGCUGAGGAAAUGAAGCUCAUGCAGUAUCAGUACUCACCUCCACCAGAAGACAUACUAAAAAAAUCUUCAUAAUAAUUAGUCCAACAAUAAAAGUGAUUUCAUUGUUUUAUAAAAAGAGCUAGACAGUGAAGUCACAGUUCCACACAAAAGCCAGGACACUGUUAUUUUAGUUUCACAGAAAACUGUAAUUAGUGAUGCAGCACUACUCUAAAAAUGAGCUGAGCUAUAAGAAACCUGUUACAAUAAAAGUUUUGGUAUUAUUACAUAAAUUACUCAAGAAAAGUGUGAAAGAAAUAGCUAAAGGUAGUUUAUAUUUGUGUUUACAUGUAUUAUUUUAUUUACACUACUGACCUGGCCAUACUUAUCCAUAAUUAUCAGCAAUACACAGUACAGGUUUUAAUCUAACAGACAUAAAAUUUGUUAUACUUUAUCACUGUUUGAGGUGCAAGGAACAUGAACUGUAUAGGUAAGAUGAAACUGUGGGCUGGACUAUGACACAGAUUGGUUCUCUGCUUUUUGUUGGGAUUAUUUUACUAACUGCUGAGUACUUCUGUUGGUAGUGCAACAUUCAUGAUAAGUAGAGAUUUUAGUUUGAGUCACACACACACACACACACACACACACACACACACACACACACACACACACACACACACACACACACACACACACCCCUCUCUCUCUCACUCUGUAUGCGAUGUUCGUCUCUCUUGUAAUAUCUCCUGUGAUAUAUUACAAGUGCAGGCCCACAACAAAAAAUUUUAUGCUUCAAAAAUUUGCAUCUGACUGAUCUUUUAAACAGAUUUGUAAUGACCUUGUAACAUACUAUGCUACAUGCCAUCUGUUAGUUUAUAAACUGUAGGUGUAUCAUUAUUAUUGUUAUUAUUAUUAUUAUUAUUAUUAUCAUUAUUUAUUUUGUCAUUAUUUAUUUACUUAUUACUGUUAUUUAAAUAAAAAUUACUUUCCCAGAUAAUGAUCAUUUAUGUUCAAAUGUAGUAAACUAUUAUUUCUAAGUACAAGAUAACUCAGCUUGAGGUGAGACCUUAAAAUGUAGUGAAUUAUAAUUUUGAAGCAAAAUUCAGUACCAACAUGUGUUAGCUAAGUCUUUCUCUGUAA